AUGGCGGCUGGGACGCCAGACGUCCGUGCGCAUUCCUUUGGCUUGAGUCCAUUUGCAGAACUGGAGGCGGGCACGCCUGUCCUAGACACAGAUGAAGGGGAAGAGCUCGCCAAACACUUCUCAUCAAUCUCACUGAUUCUUGGUCAGAACCUGGACGUUGGCCAGGGGAGCCUCUACAUUACCUCCAGGCGUAUCAUCUGGGUAGGUGGAGCAGAGAAAAGCUAUGCAGCCGACUUUCAGCACAUCAACAUGCACGCCAUUUCUACCGAUCAGAGCGCGUUCCAGCGGCCCUGCAUCUACAUGCAGAUGGAACCCAGCACCUCGGAAUUUGAUGAAGAUGCGGUUGCAGACGACGAUGUCGAUGAUGAAGAGACGCCCGAAGUCCGGCUGGUGCUGUGCGACUGUGCUGCGCUGAACCCCGAUCCUGGACAAGAAGGCGAUGAUGAGGAUGCAGAAUUUUAUUAUGAUGAGGAUGAGGUGCUGGCGGGAGCAGGCGGCGAAUCGCGCGCUGCUAUGCUCGAUCACUACGACUCCCUCCUGCAGAUGCCCCGCGCCGAUGAUCUGGACGAGUUGUUGGCGGAGGAUCCUGAGAGGUUUGAAGAUGCUGACGAGGAAGAGGGAGAUGCUGAAGAGGACGGCUACCCCAACAAUGUACCCCACCCUACCCGGCCGGAGCAAUGA